AUGGCGGUUGUAGCAGCUCACCUGAGGCUUCAGGGUAUUCAUGUCUUUCUUUACCUCAACCAGUGGCUCUUUGCUGCCCCUUUAGAGCAUCUACUCUGCCAAGCAAGGGAUUACUUCAUUAGGCUAGCAAACAGUCUGGGCAUUGCCAUCAAUCUGAACAAAUCUUCACUGGCCCCGGUCCAGAUUCUGGACUUUAUCGGGGCUCGGCUGGACACUACUCAAAUGAGGGUAUACAUUCAUUUAAUCGAUGGAUAUAUUACCAACCCACACAAUGUUGAAAGCAAUGGCUCAAGAUCUCAUAUGUGCAAAUUUGUAAUUGGCAAACAGAGAAAGACCAGAGAAGAUACUUGGAAGUCUGAAGACCUAACAAAGGUCAUUAGAGCAGCUCAAGUGGAUGCCCAUAAAGAUGAGAAAGUUAGGGAAAAAAUACAUCACUCAGAUAAAGGUUCAAACUUUGCUGAUUCCCAAGAACGCAGGCACCAUGACAAAGAGCGAGAUGGCUAUAAAGAAAAAGACAGAGAAAGGCAUAAAAGCAGGGAAAGACACCGAAGCAAAGAAAUGUAUAGAGACAGAAAGGCAGAAGAAGAAAGAACUGGUGCUGGAGGAAGGGAAAGGCAUAAAGAAAGCUUUAGAGAAAGGGACAGAGAAAAUGAAAUUGAAAAAACAAGGGAGAAAGAUGGUGGGAAAGAUCAUCAAAAAUACUGGGACCAAGAAAAGGACAGAGACAAAGAAAGGAAAAGAGACCAGGAACAAGAAAAGAACAGACAUACUGAAAUGGACAAGGAAUUAAAGAGAGGAAAUACAAGGCAAUGGACUCAACAGGCCAUUUACACCUUGCCAGUACACAGCCUCAUGGCAUAG